ACACCCCGGCAUUUGUUUACAUAUUGGUGUUUGUUUCAAGGGCUGCUCCAUUCUCCUCGUUUUCGAGACUGUUGAGGUUGUAACUGGCGUUUUGAAUCGGUGUAUUGAGAUCUUGGAGUGUCGUUAAGCAACUCUGGUUCACCAUGGCUAAUGUCGAAGAAGAGAUGAUAGCAUUGAGAUGGAACAACCAUCUCUCAACGCUGUCGCAACUCCUAUACUCUCUGCGAGAAGAGGAGAAUCUGAUAGAUGCAACACUUGCGUGUGAUGGCCGUCUCUUUCCUGCUCAUAAGUUUGUGUUGUCUAUGUGUAGUGAAUAUUUCAAAGAGAUGUUUACCACAAACCCAUGCAAGCAUCCUAUAGUUUACAUGAAGGAUGUUAGAAGUGAGGACAUGGAAGCACUCCUGGACUUUAUGUAUCGUGGUGUGGUGCAUAUACCACAGGAAGCUCUCUCAGGACUGCUCAAGACUGCAGAAGGCUUACAGAUCCGUGGCUUGGGAUUGUUUGCCCGUGAAGCUGCUUCAGCAGAUGGAGGCCAAGCAGCUUCUUCAGACCGAUCUGUGGUCACAGGAGCAUUGGAACCCUCAGUCAUGAUGAGCCCUGAACGAAAGCGUCCCUAUGACAUGGACCAAACCGAGACUUUCUUGUCAAUUUCUCAGACGGAGAAGUUUUCAGAAGACAUGUGUUUAGCCUCAUCCUCUCUUACUGGUGGAGAGUGUUUUGCUAAUAAAGACAAAGGCCCAUCAAAUAAGAAUCAGCUAGACCCAUGCAUCAUUCGGGUCAUCACACAUGAUGCAAUCCGGAAUUUCCCCAAUAUUGAUGAGAAGCAAGUGAGGAAUGCGAUUCGUCGCAAAUUGAACACUGAGUCAAGGAUCUUUCGCAGUCAGGAGAAAUUUGGUGGGCCUGGAAAAAGAAAUGGGGCUCAGCGACGUAGAAGCCGCUUUUCAGAGUCUCCUAGAGCACUGGUUUCCAUAGAGAGGUCAGACCGUGAGAAGGACAAAGGUCCUGCUAUGGUCACCCCAAAUGUUACUGUUGAAAAGGCACCGUCCAAGGAAGCUCGUCGAUCCUCAUACUCAUCCCCAGGAGGACAGAUUCAGCAAGGGUCGGAAAAAGAUGGGAAGAGAGAUGGGGAACCAUCUUAUUUCAACAGGCAGGAAAAAUCCACACCAAGAGUUAGUGACCAACACCAGCCCUCAAACAACUCUGCCACCCCGACCCCCGUUGCUACCCCAAGCCUUCCAUCUUCAUCCUCUUCACCUGUGACCACCAGUGACAAGACAUUUAAGCUGUGCCAUGAGACUGGUAAAGGCAGAGCUGCCCAGCGCCGCCAGUACUUGCCUCAAGAGUAUUCAUACCCUGCAGUGAUGCCACCUCAUGUCAGUCAGGCCUAUUUACCACACCACAUGGCAGCUGCUGACCCAACAUAUUUGCGAAGAUUGGAAAUGACUCAGGGGGCUCCACAUCCUGCUGCACUCUCUUAUACGUAUCCACACACAACCUUACCAACCUCUGAGUCUAUGGAACCUAGCCUUCACAUGUAAUAUUAUUUGAUAUAGUGCAGCAUCCAGUGCAAAUGUAGAUGUAAUACUUGCUUUGUGGAAGAGAGUCCUUUGUAAAUUUUUUUCCUGUUUCUUUUUUCUGUUAAUUCUAUAUCAGUGCAUUGCAUUGUUAGGAAAAUGAUCUGAUAAUUCAA